AUGCCCGCUUCAGCGGCAGGUGGGGGUGCAUCAGCAGGCGCAGCGGGAGCGGCGGUUUUCAGGGGAAACGUUCAAACGCACGCGGCGGCAGCCGCUGCCAACAAGGCGGCGGAGGAGGAGCGGUGGUUCGCGCCUGCUGCCGCCGCUGCUGCGCUGGGGGCGGGCCAUGGGGGACAGCGCGUCACAUGUCGAGUUGUGGUGGAGGGUCAGCCGGACCCAGGGCGGCGCAUGGGGCGCAUGUCGUUCGGCAGCUUCAAUAAGGACGUGGAGAGCAUGGAAGAGGAGGCGCUGGGAUCAGCAAGUGAGGCGCAGGAGAGGUCCCAAUCGGAAGCAGCAGCGGCUGCAGCAGCCGUUGCGAGGGCGAUGGACACAGGCGGAGCAAGCUCUUUGCUAGAUGCAGUUGCUUUCGCACGUGCCUUCUGA